AUGUCAUCCUCCAAACUUUGCACACGGCUCUUACGCAGCAAAGCAAGCCCAUCAACAAGCCUGACACACUCAAAAUGCACAAGACGACGCUUCGCGACUGUACAGCAGCCAGACAAUAAACGGUUACCCCUAUCGGGCGUAAAGGUUCUUGACCUAACACGGGUUUUAGCCGGGAUUUUGGGGGAUCUUGGCGCGGAAGUUCUGAAAAUCGAACAUCCAACACGAGGUGAUGACACUCGGCAAUGGGGACCACCAUACGCCCCAUACAUCCAAGACAAGGAGACGCGAUCAGGGCCUGGCGAGAGCGCAUAUUAUCUCUCCGUAAACCGCAACAAGAAAUCCGUCGGCAUCUCAUUCAAAGAGCCCGCAGGCGCGGAUGUAAUCCGGCGCCUCGCUGCCAAGGCCGAUGUUUUUGUAGAGAACUACCUGCCGGGUACAUUAAAGAAGUAUGGGCUGGAUUAUGAGACGCUGAGGAAAACGAAUGAGAAGCUGGUGUAUGCCAGUAUUACCGGUUAUGGGCAGACAGGCCCGUAUAGUGAACGGGCUGGAUAUGAUGUUAUGGUGGAGGCCGAGAUGGGUCUCAUGCACAUCACGGGCACGCGCGAUGGCCCACCAGUGAAAGUGGGUUGCGCAGUAACAGAUUUGACGACGGGUUUAUACACGGCGAAUAGCGUCAUGGCUGCAUUGUUAGGCCGGGCAAAGACUGGCGAGGGCCAGCAUCUUGAUGUGUGUUUGAGUGAUUGCCAGGUGGCCACGUUGAGCAACAUGGCGGAAAGCGUGUUGAUCUCCGGGGAGAGGGAUACUGGGAGGUGGGGGACGAGUCACCCAUCCGUGGUGCCCUACCGCUCGUUCCGCACUAGCAACGGGGAUAUCCUCUUCGGUGCCGGCAACGAUCGACUAUUCACACUCUUGUGCGUUGGACUGGGGAAGCCUGAAUGGGCUACCGAUGCUAGAUUUGCCAUUAAUUCCGCCCGUGUCGAGAAUAGAGAUGCGUUGGAGAGUGGGAUCGAGGAGAUUACCAAGACGAAAACGACCGCGGAGUGGGAGCAGGUGUUUGAUGGGAAGGGAUUACCUUAUGCGAAGGUUAAUGAUUUGAUGGAUACGCUGAAUCAUAAACAUGUGAGAGCGAGGGGUAUGGUUCAGGAGAUUGACCAUCCUUCUUGUGGACCGAUUGAGUUGAUCAAUACGCCCGUGAAGUACUCUUACUCGACGCCUGGAAUCCGAACGCCACCGCCGACGCUGGGUCAGCAUACCGACGAGGUCUUGAGGGAUGCUAUGGGAAUGAGCGAAAAAGAGAUUGAGGAUCUUAGAAGAGGUGGUGUUGUGGGAUAG